CUCCAACUGGCAAACCAAUACCAACGACCGCCCACAAUACCUCGUCCACAUCGGUGUAYAUAUCGUGGAAGCCACCGCCAGCCGACACUAUACUCGGCGAAUUUCUCGGUUAUCGCAUAACAUAUCGACCACGCGAUCGUAACGACACCAAGGAGAUUUACAUACGCGACAGCACCGUCGAGAGUCAUGAAAUCACAAAUCUGGAGACAUAUACACAGUACAAAGUCACCGUGCAAGUGUUCAAUCCGGAAGGCUUGGGGCCGGAAACCACCAUACUGGUCAUGACCGAUGAAGGAGUGCCAAGUAAACCAUUGAAUUUAACCGUUUUGAAUGUAACAUCGACCAGUAUCACCAUGUCAUGGUAUCCACCAAAAAAUCAAAAUGGCGCCAUUGCUGGCUACCAUGUCUUUCAUAUACACGAUAAUCAGACUGGCGUCGAAAUUAUGAAGAACUCACGCAACUCGCAAGACUCGCUCAUCAUUUUCGAGCUGCCCAACUUAAAGCCAUUCACCGAUUACCGUGUCAUUGUGCAGGCGUUCACCAUGAAAAACGAAGGCAACCCCUCCGACCAGAUUGUACAGCGCACCGAUGUAGCCGGCCCGAGUCCACCGUAUGUGGUUAACCUGACGUGUCACUCGCAGGACGCCAUCGCUAUACGCUGGCGGCGACCGCACGAAUUUUACAACACCAUCGAUUUUUAUAUAAUUAAAACACGUGUGGUGGGCCAAGACAACCAUCGGGACAUACGAAUCAAUGCGUCAGCGAAGGAGCUGGAAACAGCGAUGAUACUACAAAAUAUAACAACACACACGGAAUAUGAAGUCAGAGUUGCAGCUGCAACUCUAAGCAUAAUAAAUCCAAAGAAAAUCGUACUGGGCAAAUAUUCCGAACCGAGAAAGAUUUCCUUACAUCCCAACUGUGAAAAGAUUCAAUCACUACUACGUCAAUCCCAUAAUGACUAUAAUCUCGCUGUUCUUGUCGGCAUUAUAUUCAGCUGCUUUGGCAUUGUGCUCAUCGUAAUGGCAUUCUUCUUGUGGAGCAGGAAGUGCUUCCAUGCCGCCUACUACUACUUGGACGACCCGCCACACCAUCCCAACAUGCCGCAAGUCGACUGGGAGGCACCCGUCGAGGUGGCUGGCGAGAUACGCGCCGCUGUGCCGGUCAAUGAAUUCGCCAAACACGUGGCCUCCCUGCAUGCCGACGGCGAUAUCGGCUUCAGUCGCGAAUACGAGGCGAUACAAAACGAGUCGAUUGAUGAUUUACCCUGCGAGCACUCCCAGCAUCCAGAGAACAAGCGCAAGAAUCGUUAUCUCAAUAUCACAGCCUACGAUCACAGUCGCGUACACCUGCAUCCCACGCCCGGACAGAAGAAGAAUCUUGACUACAUUAAUGCCAAUUUCAUUGAUGGCUAUCAGAAAUCGCGCGCCUUCAUCGGCACGCAGGGUCCACUGCCAGACACGUUCGACUGCUUCUGGCGCAUGAUUUGGGAGCAACGUGUGUCCAUAAUUGUGAUGAUUACCAAUUUGGUGGAGCGCGGUCGUCGGAAAUGCGAUAUGUAUUGGCCGAAAGAUGGCGUCGAGACCUAUGGUGUUAUACAGGUGAAAAUGGUCGAUGAGGAGGUUAUGUCCACCUACACAGUGCGUACGCUACAAAUCAAGCACUUGAAGGUAAAACAGUUAAAGAAAAAGAAACAAUGCAAUGCGGAGAAAAUCGUCUAUCAGUAUCACUACACAAAUUGGCCCGAUCACGGCACACCCGAUCAUCCACUGCCAGUGUUGGACUUUGUGAAGAAAUCCUCCGCUGCGAACCCCGACGAUGCGGGUCCCAUUGUGGUGCACUGCAGUGCCGGUGUUGGUCGUACGGGCACCUACAUUGUCUUGGACGCCAUGCUGAAGCAAAUACAACAAAAAUUAGUCGUAAACGUAUUCGGUUUCUUACGACACAUACGCAUACAGCGUAAUUUCCUCGUACAAACCGAGGAGCAAUAUAUAUUCAUACACGAUGCGCUCGUCGAGGCGAUUGCCUCGGGCGAAACAAAUUUACGUACAGAGCAAAUCGAAGAACUGAAGAACUGCACACCAUAUCUGGAGCAGCAGUACAAAAAUAUUAUACAAUUCCAAACGAAAGACAUACACAUUGCAUCUGCGAUGAAGCAGGUGAAUUCGGUGAAAAAUCGUGGUGCCAUAUUCCCCAUUGAGAGUAGUCGUGUCCAUCUGACGCCCAAACCGGGCGAGGAGGGUAGCGAUUAUAUAAAUGCGUCGUGGCUGCACGGUUUUCGGCGUUUGCGUGACUUCAUCGUCACACAACAUCCGAUGUCGCAUACCAUGAAGGAUUUCUGGCAAAUGGUGUGGGACCAUAAUGCGCAGACCAUUGUACUGCUGUCAUCGCUGGACGAAAUUAAUUUCGCACAAUUUUGGCCAGACGACACGCAACCCAUCGAAAGCGAUUACUAUCGCGUCAAAUUUCUACGUAAAACGAACAAAAGCGAUUAUGUUAGUCGGGAUUUUGUCAUACAAUCGAUACAAGAUGAUUACGAGCUAAAUGUGAAAAUGCUACAUUGUCCCAGUUGGCCGGAGAUGUCGAAUCCGAAGAGUAUUUACGAUUUCAUUGUUGACGUACAUGAACGUUGCGCCGAUUAUCGCAAUGGACCAAUUGUCGUUGUGGAUAGAUAUGGCGGCGCACAGGCGUGCACCUUCUGCGCCAUCUCGUCCCUCGCGAUGGAAAUGGAAUACUGCAGCACGGCGAGCAUUUACCAGUACGCCAAGCUGUAUCACAACAAGCGGCCGGGCGUCUGGACCUCCAGCGAGGACAUACGCCUAAUCUACAAUAUACUCUCGUUUUUGCCACGCAACCUGCAACUGCUUGAACGCACAGCAUUGCGCACGGAAUUCGAGGAUGUGACAACGGCCACGCCGGAUCUCUACAGUAAAAUCUGUAGCAAUGGUAAUAUAAAUGCCCAGCAAAAUUGUAAUAAUUUGGUCUAUCAUAAUCAUAGUAGUAGCGUAAACCAUAGUAAUAGUAUUAGUAAUACAAAUGUGCUUAAUGAAAAUGCAAAUGCUUGUAACAACACCACAAACAAUCUGAAUACAAAUUAUACAACAAACACUAUAACAACAACAACAACGACUGCUACAGCUACUACACCCACAACGAUUGAUACUAGUGGUGGCAACAUAACACCACCAACAACGCUUACACCAAAUACGAGCGCAAAUAAUUUACAAUAUGAACAACAACAACAAUACCAACAAUCAUCACAGCAACAACCUCAUUUUGCAUCACAACACAUGCAAUCGCUCAAUUCAGUACAGUCACCAACAACAACAACAACAACAAACAACACACCAGCAUCAAACCAAUACACACCAGCAACAUCAAACUCACAGUGUGCAACACCAACACCAUUACCAUCAUCAUCAUCAUCACCAAACACAACACCAGCAAUGUCAACAACACCAGUCGCACCACUAGCAUCAAUAACGGCAAACAAUCAUAGUACGGCCAUGUUUACAACAACAACAACACCCGAUUUGACUAAUAAUAUGACGACCAACAGCAUCAACAACACUAACAAUUGUAAUGCUAAUCUAAUUGGUAAUGCUAAUUAUAAUGAAAAUUUCGCUAAUACUAAUACUACUACUAAUGCCUACACUACUGCCACCACAAACACCAAAACCAACACCACUAACCAACAUAAUACAACAUCCUAUUGUGUAUCCCCCAAUACGAAUCCCAACAUCAAUACCAACACCAACAACACCGAUUCCGUUUCCACAAAUCAUUUUACAACAAAUACAACAACACCCACUUCCAUUGCUGCUAUUUCCACUAAUGGUGAACGGUUUUCUCUUGUAAAUAAUUUGGAACAACAACAACGCCACCAUGAACAACAACAACAACAAACAUACCAAUAUGAACCAACUAAUCUGCACCAUCACCAUAACCAACAACAACAACAACCAUCACAACUAACUUCGCUGACCGACGCCAUCGCCGAACUGCAAUUGUAUGCCACGAAUGGUAAUUCAAACCUUGCAACAACAACAACAACAACUAAUGGCAUCGAUUGUUACGCAACAACAAUGGCACUGCCGCCACCGCCACCUGCUUUCGAUAAUGAUCCGGAUUUAACUCUACAACAACAACAACUGCAACAACAACACGAACACCAAUUGGAUCCGCUAAAUUCGAACGCUUCAACUCUAUCUGCGCCCUGCUCGGAUGACACAAUUGAUGGCCUAACCCCGCUGUUACCCACGCCUCCGCCACAAUACCCCAACAACGCCUAUGCAAAUAACACUUGCAACACGGUUGAUGUUAAUGCCACCACACCGUUAACAAAAUCCUCCUCCAACACUUCUUUAUCCUCCUCAAACGCAACGAUUAAUUACAAUGGUAAUGGUUACGCUAAUGGUAAUGGGAAUAAUAAUCAAACCCAUUUGCAUGGUAAUGGUAACGGUUUAUUAAAUGCUACUAAUACUAAUAUGAAACAAAUGACAACUCUAACAACAACUAAAGCAGCGACUGUUACAGAUGCUCAAAGUUUAGAUAUUGUAGGUUAGAAUUACAAAAAAAAAAAUAAAUAUUAUAAAAAUAACAGUAAAAUAUAAAUAUAUAUGUAUAAAUAUAUUAAAUUAAACGUACAUACAUAUAUGCGUAGCACUUAAGUGUUAGCUAUUAAGGAAAAAAGUGAAAUUUAUAAAUAGACUAACAAAUUAUUUUUAUGCAAAUUACAAUGAAAACAAAAAUAAAAACAACAAAGAGAUUGAAAAUAAAAAUGAAAAAAACGCUAAUGCUCGUGAGCCCAUCUCGGCGUGAAUGUAAAUGUUUCAACGAAAACGCCAGACAACUGCUAAUUAAAUAACAGUAUAUAGUGUUGUACUCCGCAUGAGCAACACUGUUGCGUUAGUAAGCAGAGUGAGCAGUAAACAUUUAUUAAAUAUUUAUUUUGAAUAAUAUUUUUAAGUAAUUACUGUUUGUAUUUAAGCAUUUGUUUAUGCUACAAAUUUUCUAAAAAUAUUUUUAUGCUAUAUUUAUUACAAUUAAUUGUCUAACUAUCAUAUAUGUGUGUAUAAAAUAAAUAAAUUUUAGUUGCAGUAAUUUAUUAUGUACGCAUUGGGAUUGUCCUACAAGUUUGUCGCAAACUUUUAUAUAUUCUUGCGCCAUGUAAAUGGUUACAAAACAACAGUAAAGUAACUAAACCCACUUUAUAAACGUAUUUAUAAUUGUCCUUAAAUAUAUUAUUUAAAUUUUAAAUAUAUUCUAAGCAAAGCUUGUGUUACAAUUAAGUUUUGUCAAGAGCAUUUCUUAAAAAUGAUUUGUAUCCCGUAUCUUCGUACACACCCAGUCUUAGUCUUAUGAGCGAAUGUAUACCGACCAAAAUACAAAAGCGAAAUUAUUAAAAAAUAAAUUAACAUAUUUAUAUUUAAUUAUCAACAUCACAAGCGCAUGAGCGCCUACCACUGUAUAGUCAUAAUUCACAAACAAAAAUAAAAUAGAAUCCAUCUCAUAUGUUAAAUAAAGAAUAAAACGAAAAA